AACUUCAUGAAUGACAUACUGCAGAAAUGACGUUUCGUUGCACUUAAAGUGUAAAUUUUUCAUAUUUCCUUUCUAAUUAAAUAAUGUUAUCUUUACUUUAGAUAAUGACUGUACUUUUAUUUAGUUUUCUCACAAGCUUACUGUGAAGUGAGCUGUAGUGUGAGAUGAUUUUUUUUGUCUAAAUAAUGGUGCUGUUGUGAAGGAUACCGCAUUGUAAAAUAAUUAUAUUGUUUUCGCACAAAUAACUAAUAUGAUUAUUAUGUAAUUAUAAUAAGUUUGUUACUCUUGAUAUUGUAAUUGUACAAAGAUGAGAGCUGUCGCGUUAAUAAGUGGAGGAAAGGACAGCUGUUACAAUAUGAUGCAGUGCGUCGGCGCCGGCCAUACGAUUGUAGCCCUGGCCAACCUCCAACCAAUUUAUAAAGAUGAGCUGGACAGUUAUAUGUAUCAGACAGUAGGGCAUCAGUGUAUCGACCUGUAUGCGGAAGCUAUGGGUCUGCCUCUCUAUAGGGAUGUGAUAUCUGGGGUCCCUAUUAAUCAAGGACGUAACUAUAAUCCAACAGAUAAUGACGAAGUGGAGGAUUUGUACAGGCUUUUGUCAAAAAUUAAGAGAGAAUUAGACAUAGAAGCUGUUGCUUGUGGGGCUAUUCUAUCAGAUUACCAAAGAAUUAGGGUUGAGAAUGUGUGUCAAAGGCUCGGCUUGGUGUCACUUGCUUAUUUGUGGCGUCGGAAUCAGAAGGAAUUGCUGCAAGAAAUGAUAGCAAGUGGGGUUGAAGCCAUCAUCAUCAAGGUGGCAGCUUUAGGUCUAGAUCCCAGGAUACACUUGGGUAUGACAAUCAAAGAGAUACAACCACACCUUCUAGUCAUGCAAGAGAAAUAUGGACUCAAUGUUUGUGGCGAAGGUGGGGAGUACGAAACUUUCACCCUGGACUGUCCACUAUUUAGAAAGAAAUUAGUUUUAGACGAAAAAGAAUUAGUGAUACAUUCAGAAGACCCUGUGGCGUCGGUUGGAUAUUUAAAUUUAAAACUACACCUAGAAUCUAAAGAUAAUUUCGACGAAUCAAUGAAACUACCUCCAACAGUGAAAAGCUCAUUAGACUUUGUAAAGGAUCUGAACGAUACGGUGUUUAGCGACAUAAGUGAUAUAGAACUAAGUGAAACAGAGUUAGAAUCUUUCGAGAAAUUAGAAAAAGAGGAAAAAAUUAAGCAAAACGAAUUGAACCCAUUGCUCACUUACUCCGGGGACAAAACAAAUUUAGAUACAACUGAUAGUGAUUUAGUUGACGGAUACUACUACGAUGAUAUGAGCGACUCGGCUGACAUGCAUCCAGUUUUAGAUCAUAGAUCUAUAUAUGGCAAUACACAAGGAUGGUAUUUUAUCGGAGGCAUUGUGGGCGAAGGUGUCGAUACAGCUGUAGCCACAGAUGAUGCUAUGAAGAAACUCAUUAGUUUACUGGACUCUGAGGAUUUAAGUUUAAAGGAAGUAUGUUCUGUGAACAUAUAUAUGAGAGAUAUGGAACAAUACUCGGCUCUCAAUGCGAUAUAUGUGGAAAAAUUCUCAUUUCCGAACCCUCCUACUAGAGUGUGCGUACAAGUUCCCUUGCCGAAUAAUGUUGGUCUCAUAAUGGAUGCAGUUGCAUAUAAACCAUACCAGGAUAAAGACCCGGACUCGGACCAUGGCUCCAGGGAAAGAGUGACGAUGCAUGUGCAAGGUAUAUCUCAUUGGGCGCCUGCCAACAUUGGACCCUAUAGCCAAGCUGUGAAGGUGGGCGAGGUGGUGGGCACGUGCGGCCAGAUCGCGCUGGUGCCGGGCUGCAUGCGGCUGGCGGAAGGCGGCGCGCGCUCGCAGUGCGCGCUGGCGCUGCGCCACCUCACCCGCGUGCUGCGCGCCGCGCACCCGCGCGCCAACAUCCGCAGCGUCGUGCAGAGCGUGUGCUACGUGACGUCGCGCGGCGCGGCCGUGGAGGCGCGGCGGCAGCUAGAGCGGCGCACGGCGGGCGCGAUGGUGCAGUGCGCCGUCGUGUCUGCGCUGCCGCGCGCCGCCGCCGUCGAGUGGCACGCCUGGGCGCACACCGACAACAACCGCUUCGACUAUGAAGAAACCGGCUGCAACGUCGGUGAUUACAAGGUUGCCAUAACGAGGAGAUGGAAUUACGAGAAUACCGUCGCCGCUAUUGUCUGCUAUGUGGCUACCGGUUCGUCGCCGUCGACCAGCCAGGUGUCGUUCCCGGACGCGGCGGCGUGCGCGGCGCACCGGCGCAGCGCUGAGCGCGUGCCCGACGCCGAGCUGCAGCACGUGCUGCUGUACGCGCUGCGCAAGCUGCUCAACGACUGCGCCGGCCGCGACCCCGCGCUCUACGUGCGCGUCUUCUACCAGGUGUGGGGCAGCCCGGCGCCGGCGCGGCUGGCGGCGGCGGCGCGCGCGGCGGCGGCCAGCGCGCGCGCGCGGCUGUGCCUGACGCUGGUGCCGGCGGCGGCGCUGCACAACGCCUUCACCUUCCUGUCCAUCAGCGGCCUGCGCCUGCAGGAGUGACCGUAACCAGCUCGUGGACUAUAAACGCAGAUGCUUUAUUGCCGUUUUAAAAAUAUAUUUGCUGGAUAUUUUUCAGUGUUUAUAAAGUUUUGUUAAUAAUGCUACCGAGUUUAACAUAUUUUAAGUCAAAUUAUAUAAAUUAUAUUAUUUUUAUUGGAUAAA